CCAAACACCUGCCGCCGCGCAGACUUGCAGCACACGGUCAGAGGCGUGCAGCGUGGAGCUUACGUGAGAAGACGACCAACACAUCUUCUGUUUUGUAUUCAAAGUGGCAAACGCUGGAGAUAUUGUCACGAAAACAGCAAAACACAUCUUGUCUCUUGUUGCCUUUAUCUCCUCAAGUGUCCAGAUAAGAGCUUAGAAGUAUCCCGAGGAAUUGCGUGCGCAAACUGCAACUUUUAUCAUCGUUUUCGGGCUUACUGACACGCCCCAAAAGUGGCAAUUCAAAAGGCUGGAGCUAUAACAGCUCUUAUGUUUUUAUGAGGAGGUUUUGGACGGAUUUCAGAGUUGAAGGCACGAGUGCUCACAGAGACGGUAAGGAAUGUAACGAUAACAUCUCACCUGCGCCUCAAGACACCAAAUACAGGAGCAACAGACCGACUGAGCCACUGCGAAUCAGGUUGCCUGCGAAUGGCUGGAAGUAUGAGAGUUAUGGAAACGCGACUCCUCCUGUUGCUGUGGGCUUUGUUUGUGUUUGAAGUGGCCUGCACACAUCGCUCCGCUCCCAGAGUGCACCUGGCUUUUAAAGAGCUCAUGGACACUCGGACAGCGAGGCCGUUCAGUUUCUCCUUCAACACCAGUGACUACCGGAUCCUGCAUGUUGAUCCAGACCAAGGCCGGUUGUACCUGGGCAGCCGUGAAUAUCUCGUCUCACUGGACAUGCAGAACAUCAACAAAGAGCCUCUCAUUAUCCACUGGCCGGCUCCGGCUCAGAGAAAAGGAGAGUGUCAGCUGACUGGGAAAGGCAGGCAUGGAGAGUGUGCUAACUUUGUGCGCCUGAUUGAGCCGUGGAACAGGACUCAUUUGUACACCUGCGGCACUGGAGCUUAUAAACCCAUCUGCACCUUCAUUAACAGAGGCUGGAGAGCUGAGGACUAUCUCUUCAGACUGGUUCCUGGUUAUGUGGACUCUGGAAAGGGAAAAUGCUCUUACGAUCCAAACCAGGAGAACGUUGCAUCCCUGAUUAAUGGAAACCUGUAUGCUGGGGUGGCGGUGGACUUUAUGAGCACUGAUCCAGGCAUCUUCAGGACCAUGGGAAGCCGUCCCGCUGUGAGAUCAGAGCAGUAUGACUCCAAAUGGCUGAAUGAACCUGUAUUUGUUCAAAUGAAACAGAUCUCUGACAGCUCGGAGAAGAACGAUGACAAGCUUUAUUUUUUCUUCCGUGAAAAGAGUCUGGAUUCGGGUGGUGGAGCGAGCCCGAGUGUGUUGGCCAGAGUGGGUCGAGUGUGUCUGAAUGAUGAGGGCGGACAGAAGUCUCUUGUGAACAAGUGGACAACUUUUCUGAAGGCCAGGCUGGUGUGCUCGGUGAUGGGAGAUGACGGGGUGGAAACCUUCUUUGAUGAACUGAGGGAUGUGUUUAUCCAGCCCAGCCAGGAUGAACGAAACCCUAUUGUAUAUGGCGUCUUCUCAACUUCUGGCUCUGUGUUUAAAGGCUCAGCCGUGUGUGUCUACUCAAUGGCUGACAUCCGGAAUGUCUUCAAUGGCCCUUUUGCCCAUAAACACGGACACAACUACCAGUGGACUACAUACACUGGAAAGAUUCCCUAUCCUCGUCCUGGAACGUGUCCAGGAGGCACAUUCACCCCAGGUCUUCAGUCCACUAAAGAAUUCUCAGAUGAAGCGGUGAACUUCAUCCGUGCUCAUCCUCUCAUGUUCCACCCUGUGUAUCCCAUUCACAAGCGCCCUCUGGUGGUCAGAUCCGGUGUGGACUACCGCUUUACUACUAUAGCGGUGGACCAGGUGGAUGCUGUGGAUGGACGAUAUGAGGUUCUUUUCCUGGGAACAGAUCGUGGCACAGUUCAGAAAGUAAUAGUUCUACCUAAGGAUCCCACAACAAUGGAAGAGCUCACUUUGGAGGAAGUAGAAGUUUUCAGGACACCUGCUCCUGUCAAAACAAUGCACAUAUCAGCCAAAAGGCAACAGCUGUAUGCAUCUUCAGAGGUGGGUCUUACCCAGAUGUCUUUGCACCGAUGCGGUGUGUAUGGAAAGGCUUGUUCAGACUGUUGUUUGGCCAGAGACCCAUACUGCGCCUGGGAUGGAGACAACUGCUCAGCCUUCACACAAGCCACCAAAAGGCGAAGCAGAAGGCAGGAUGUGAAACACGGCGACCCUUUGCGUCAAUGCCGAGGCUACAAUGCCAAAGUGGAGAGGAGACUGAAGGAGAAGGUUCAGUUUGGUGUGGAGGGCAGCAGCACGUUUCUGGAGUGUGUGCCAAGAUCUCCUCAGGCCACCAUCAAAUGGCUCUACCAGAAAGAGGGACGACGGAAAGUGCUGAAUCGGGACGGGGAGGUGCUCAGGACUCCUCAAGGGGUUCUUCUGAAAGCUCUCACUAAAGCAGACGCAGGUCAGUACCACUGCCUGGCCACAGAGAAUAACUUCAAGCACACGCUGGCUCGUGUCUCCUUGCGCAUCCUAGACCGGGACAUCGCUGUGGCCCUCACCACCCCUGACGAAGACGAGGAGGAGGUGUUGAGGAGCAGUCACAAAGGCCACCAGCACCAGCCUGUUCCUCCAACACCUGCACUCCUGCUGGAGCCAGAAAUGCGUCUGAUCCAGCAAUACUGCCAGUCCUACUGGGAGCAGCUGACGGCUGGAGGAAACCCUCAUGCUGAGCUGCCCAAACGCACAAACCGCAGACACACUGACGCUCUGAAGGCCAGCGGAGAGUGAGGAGUGAGUCUCCUGUUCAUCAGACUCUCCUGGACUGUCAUAGGUUAGUUCAUGUGCAGUGACAUCAAAGAGUAUUUGGACACUUUUGGACCAUUUGGACCCUUUUUGUAGCAUUCAAACUGAUUACAAAUGCAUUUAGGACACUUAAAAUGAAAAUACAGAAUAACUUGAUGGAAUAUUUGACAUUGGCCCCACAAACUAUUUGGACAUUUUCUGACCAUUAAAAAUGAUUUGAUAUUUACAAUAUGCAAAAUGAAAUACUUAGUAACUUAUGAAUGGAUCAUUUUUACACUGAUCAAAAUCAGCCAAUUGAAUAAAAAUGCAUAAUUGGAUGAUUCUGAACAAUUAAAAUGAUUGGCAUGGUUCGGGGGCAGAUUUAGUGAUUUUGGGGCCCUAAGCAAUUCCAAUUUUUUCUUAUAUCAUUUGAUCUCCUUUUCUACAUUUUAUCUUAAUGCAAAAUAAUAAUAACAACAUGUAAAGCACCUUGUAAAACUUUUUAAAUGAUUACUUAAGCUUUCUUAAGAUCAAUUCACAACUAAACAUAAAAAAUUAACCAUUUUGUUUGUAAAACUAAAUACUGAUUGGACUGCUGGACUGAUUGAAGCCCACAGACACAUCUGUGCUGGUGUAAUAAUAUCAAAAUAACAAAAUAUGAUAGAAAACAAUGUUAUAUAUUAGGGAUGGGUGAUUUUUCGAAAAGAAAUCGAAAUCGACAUUCAGAUAAAUUUUUUCAAGUACUUUCCCUACUGUGUGUGGAGUCACGUGACCCACUCUGUUUUGGCUGAUUUAUACUUAUUGUAUUAUGUUUUAUACUUAUUUUAUUAUUCUGAUAUUAUACUUCUCCCAGGCGUACACAUACAGUCUGGCGCAGCCUUUGCAUGCCCACGCAUCUCUCAAAAAAUUUAACUACACAUCACAACAAUGCGUAGCGCAAGUUUUGUGAUUGGUCGGUUUGGUUCCGGUGACAAAGGUGGGCGGUGCGGAGAACCGUUUUAUUCAAUGUGUGUUUUCAUUUCAGUUGUUCAGCGUUGAUGUUCAAUAAAAUAUCAUAGAUAAUAGGUAGUGUGUGUUUACGUCAAUUAAUUUCAGUCAUCAGUUUAUUAUUAUUUAUUAAUUAUUUUAAAGUCAAGUAAUGCAUCCUUCAUUCAGAAAUCUCUCACUUGUAAUAUGUGAGCAUAUUUACUGUACAAAACCUUUCAGUGAACUAUGAGGGCACAAAAAAAAAUACAUAAGCAGAUAAAAUAAUCGUUCAUUAAUCGUAAUCGAGUUAAAUUAAUCGAGAUUUUGAUUUUAGGCCAAAUCGCCCAGCCCUAUUAUAUAUUAUUUAUAGUAUCAUUUAUACUUCUAGGUAUUUAUUUGCGGGCCCUCAGAUUUCCUGAGGCCCUAAGUGGCCACUUACCUUGCUUAUUGGUUAAAUCCGCCCCUGACAAUGUUCAUAAUUAAUUGUUUGGACCCAUAGAAACUAAUACAGUUUUAUAUUGUUCAAAAUCAAUACAUUUUUACAAUACAAAUAAAAAAAAACACUUAAAAAUAAAUUUUAUUAAAUAAAAAAAUAUUCAAACUAACUGCAAUAAUGAAUAUAAAUAGUGGUUCUAAAUAUUUAGAAAUGUUUAAAAACUUUUGGACACUUAAAAAUAAAUGGUUGCAGUAAAGUUAACAAAAUCGAUUGAUUUAUGAAAAUUGAUCCAUUUUUUUUAUUUUGAAUUAAUUUAGAAUGAAGUUUUAUAACAAUUUUACAGUGCUUAAAAUGAUUCAAAUAUUUUAAUUUAAUUAACUAAUUAACAAUUGCAGAGCAUCACGGUGGUGCAGUGGGUAGCACGAUCGCCUCACAGCAAGAAGGUCACUGGUUCAAGCCCCAGCUGGGUCAGUUGGCAUUUCUGCGUGGACUUUGCAAGUUCUCCCUGCAUUUGCGUGGGUUUCCUCCGGGUGCUCCGGUUUCCCCCACAGUCCAAAGACAUGCGCUAUAGGUUAAUUGGGUUAGCUAAAUUGUCCGUAGUGUAUGUGUGUGUGAAUGCAAGAGUGUAUGGGUGUUUCCCAGUGUUGGGUUGUGGCUGAAAGGGCAUCCGCUGCGUAAAACGUGCUGGAUAAGUUGGCGAUUCAUUCCGCUGUGGCGACCCCUGAUUGAUAAAGGGACUAAGUCGAAAAGAAAAUGAAUGAAUGAAUAAAUAAUUAACAAUUGCACAGAAAAAAAUUCUGUUCUAAUAUUUAUACUGAAAUAACAUUCACAGAAAAGUCCAAAUGAAUUUUGUAGGACACUGUUUGUAUUCCUUCAUUCAUCAUGCAUUGAUUCACUGUUCCAACAUUUAAGUAUGUAGCUGUUCGUCUGUUGUACUUAGAUUGUAGCUGCCGUUGAUUUAGGAUCGAACAUUUCCAUUUGCCACAGGAAUUUGACAGCAUAUUCAGUAUUAUAUUCAGUAUAUAGCUGUGGAUAACCUUGAGGAUACAGUCAAUACAUACUGGCUUUAAUUCAAAAUAAAAAUCAACUAAUAAACCACGACGCACCUUUAAAGAGGGUUUUACCUCAGCUUUAAAAACGUUCCACUAUUUUGAUGUCUGAAAUCAAAGUUGCCUAAAAAAUCUUCGAUCAUUGGGUCUGUGCAAUUUCUAACGUUCCACAUGGAUUAUGAAAUUGUAAAAGUACUAUAUGUGUGUGUGUGUUUAAUAGUAAUAUAUGUAUGGACUCUAAUAGCUGGGUUAUUAAUGGCAUUACCAAACAUCAAGAACGCUUGUCUUCAUGUCUGUGGCUGUUUUCUCACCACUUGUAAGAUAUAUUUAUUUGAAGUUGUAUAUUUUUUUAUUGGAUGAUCUACCGACUAAGGGUGGAGGGCAUUGUUUUUUUUUUUUUUUGCAUGAUUGACAAAUUAGAUAAGUUGUAUAUUUAUUUCAAUGUUUAGGAAGUAACACUUGUAUGCUGUGCAUUUAGUUUCCAGCUUGGUGUCUGGUUUAGCAAGAAUCGUUCAUAUCGUCAUAUCAUAUUUCACACUGGAGAGAUUUCACAAUAUGUGUGUCCAUGUCACGGUAGAAUAGUCUGGAUGUAAAUGACAAUGUUCUGUCUUGAUCUUAGAUGUCGUCUUGUAAGGAAAAAAACAUUCAAAUAAACUGGCAAUAAUUUGUGA